AUGGAGCUUGACAAGGAAGCGCUCGAUCCGCAACACAAAAAGAUCCGUACGGAGAAUCGUGAGCGCAAGAAGCGUUGGCGAGAGGCGAAUGAGGAUCGCAAUAAGGAUAAUGACUUGCGAUGCCGUGUGCAUAAACGCGCACAUAAGCUGUAUGGUAAGGAAAAUUCACGCAUGAAGGAGAUGUGGAUUGAGGAGGAGUUCAAUAAACGCAAGCACAAGCGACAAGAAAAGGAAGGAAAAGGACCGGAUGGCUUGCCGCUGAUUGAU